UCUUCGUGUGUUGUCGUUUGUCUUCAGGUGUCUUAGUCUGAUACAAUAAAAUUUCAUCAUUAUAUCCAAGCAAAUAUCAUCUACCGAAACUUUUGAUUUUUACCGAAAAAAGCCUAUGAUAUAAAUAUGAAAAUCUCGUUUCGCAGCUAAGACUAGCUUUACUAAUUUGGUAGCUAGUGGUUUCCAAGUUACGUCACUACAACUGGCAACAGAACGUGACACAAAUACAGGCUUUACCUUGGAAUAGGAAUUUCUUGUGAUAUACAAUAUAUUUGGUGGAAGGCUUUUAUUAAAUUUCGAGGCAACAGAUUUGUAUUAGUAAACAGCAUAGCUAUUAUAUAUUGACGGUUAUCGUAACACACUGAGCAUCCAAUCACAUUACCUGGAUUUUCGCGCGACGUCUGGUGUAAAACUACUGAACUCUUGACUGGUGGCACGAUCUGUAGUAUUAUUGAAACUGCGCGAGUACGAGAACAAAUCGCUGUUUGAUCUGAGGAAAAUGAAUCGAGAUUCGGCUAUUAUCGAACAAGAAUGUUUCUCCUAUGGGAUCAAUAGACCUGAAGUACAGUUCGUACCAAAUCCGAGUAGUAGAUCCAGUCAAAGGCUACUAACGCCGAUGUAUACUAACGAAGAAAACCAAGACACUUCAAAUAAUCAUCACUAUGAGGAUCCCGCUCGCUUGGCACAACAAUCACUAACUAGGGAACAUGUUGGUCCAAGGAAAAAGACGAAUGACUUAUACGAAAUGUCUAUACCAUUACAAUCUUUGAACAAAGUCAAACGUGGAGUACGAUCUAUGUCUCGAUCGUCAGACGACUCCGACACGGGCUACACAUAUCCCCGACGAGAACCUUUGUGCCAUCGAGUUAUAUUAUAUCUUGUUUUAUUGCUAUCGUUGACUGCGACUGUGUUAGUUAUAUUGAUGAUUGCUGGUAUGGUUGGACCGAAAUGCCAUUGUGGGAACGGUACAACAGACAGCAAAGAAACCUCAUCACAACGACAGUCAUUUUCAGAGAAACCAUUGCAAGAGGCCAUCACCAGUUUAAAGUCCAAUCUGAGUAGAAUGGAGAUGUUAUUGGUAAGUCGUAAAUAUGGUUAUGUUAUCAUUGGACCAUUCUGUUCUACUAUUGGAGCAAAAGAAUACAAUCUGGAAGUAUAUAUUCCCCGAAGUGGUGGUAAUCCCAACUAUGAGUGCACUUGCAAGGGUGAGUCUACACUCUUUCCUCCUCAACAAGAUCCAGAUAACCCUGGAAAUUCAGACAAGAAGGUGAUGUGUAUUCUUCACUAUUGGCUUUGUCCAAAUACCACGUAA